AUGGCUGAGCAGAUACAAGCAGUUCAAGUUGGUGUUAGUGGUACUGCAAUGUCUUCGUCUGUUUCUUCUGUGUUUGUGAAGUGCACUGCUACUGGAAACCUUUAUUUGAUGAGAACGAUUCCCUCGCUUGCAAGAACUUUGUUAAGCUAUAGAAGCUUCACUGCAGGAGGCUUCUUAUGUAACCUUGUUAUUUUGUUUUAUGAUGUAGAUUCUUGGUUCUCCUACUCUGAGAGAGCCUCUAGCAAGGAAGUGGUUGCAAACCUUCCAACAAUCAUUGUGACAGAGGAAACCUUAACGAGGUUGAGCCUUGGUAUAGAAUGUGCUGUUUGCAGCGAGAACUUGGUUAUAAAUGACAAAAUGCAGGAAUCGCCUUGCAAGCACUUGUGUCACCCUCUCUGUUUGAUGCCAUGGAUGGAAAAACAUAACACAUGCCCAGUUUGCAGACAUGAACUUCCUACGGAUAAUCAAGCGUAUGAGAGCUGGAAAGAGAGUGAGAAAGAGGCUGAAAAAGCGUAAAGGGAUGCAUCAAAUUAUGUAUGUUGAGACUCAAUUAACUUUAGAUAAUAAACAAACUUGGGUCUUUGUAUAGCAGUUUACCAAAUUUUUAAAAGCAAUUAUAAUAGAUGUAGCAGAACCAAUAAUGGUGUUACUAUCAGAGUUUACUCUUGUUUAUAUAAAAUCUUAAGAUUCGAUAACUGUUGAGAUCUUAGACUGGUUCAAGUGUUUGAAUGCUGUCACAUAUUGAGACGUUUAUCAUA